AUGAAGAUGUAUGUUAUUCACAUUGUUUUGAUCAGUCUCGUUGGUGGUUCUAGUGGCGGCAGUGACUCGAAAUAUAGUGCUGAAUAUGGGGAUUACAUCGGUUGCUAUGACCGCGGGUGCUUACAAUUUUACCACGUCGUCAACUUACUUUCUAACAUCACAGUUACUCCAGGGUCCUGCACACAAGCAUUUUCUAUCAACUCGAGUGAGGAAUGCGGUACUCCACCACGUAUUGAGCCUGAGGAGGAGGGUAAGAAUGGACCGUCAACAGAGCAGAAUGUCAUAAUUCCUGAUGGGCACGAUGAACAACGGAGUCUUGUUAUUUCAAUAACUAUUCCUGCAGUAUGCGUAGCUGUCUUCGUAACAAUCAGUUGUGCCGCACUAAUUCGUCGGCGACUGCGAAGCAUUCGUGGAAACGCAACGGCGGUCUUUGGUCAGCAAAAGCCAUUGACUAGCAAGGACGGUCGUGGACGGUCACGUAAACCUGAUCAACAGUAUCAAGGGCUAAAUCAGCCACCCACUUCCAGUAGCCUUCCUGUCCCUGAUGCUGCGUAUGUGCCGAACCCAAGACGCCUUGACCUUCCAGGGGAUCAGCUAAACCAUGAUUACGAAGAAGCUGAUCACCCUAGACUUGACCCAAAAUCAGCACAUAUCCAUCGAACCCCGUCGGACACGUCCAACAAAAGCUCGACGGACGAGUAUCACGAGUACGCUUAUGCAAAACCUAUCAAACCUAAGUCUAGAAAUGGGGAUGGCAGUCACGCAAAUGAAGAUGGAUACAUUACCCCUAUGGAUCCUAUUCCAACUCCUCCACUUCCUCAAAGACUGUACUAUUCCACCAGAAUAACCAAGCCAGAAAGUGAUACUUGUAAGCCUCUCCCUUCACAAGUGUACUAUUCAUCCAAAAUUCCAACACCUCCUGUUAAAGAUAAACCUUGUGGACAAGUUGCCUAUUAUUCAUCCCGCAUUCAUGAACAGGGUGGGACUUAGGUCGAUGUUUUCCUUGCCAGUAAUUGACAUAAUCGACUUCUGCCAUGUCUGUAAUUGGCUCCGCUGUUAUGGUUGUAUAAUGGAAAUAUAAUACAAAUGGAUGAAUCGGAUAAAAAAAGCGUUCACUUCUUGUUUUAUAUCUAUUCACGAUAAUUUUAUAACCCACUACAAAGACAAUAUUCAUUACUGCUUUGUUGUUUCUUUAUCAAUGUGUCACCUGCAAUAAAAAUCAAACAGCUACCUAAACCCCAAAUUAAAGUAGAGGACCACUCGCCGGACUAAUGGCAUCUUUCUAAUCCCCGGGUGUCUGCCUUCAGUAAAGUGGGUUCUGAUUUAACUGUACAGCACAAUCUCUAGCGACACCAAGAUGAAUUUUUUGACAAAAUACUUUCAAUUCAUGAACUGGGACGCAUAGUGGUUGUGCAUCUGCGUGGUUCCAAGGAUGACAAGUGCAACACUGUGACAGUUCGUGAACCGGUUGGCCUUACAGCAUCUCAAAGAGAAGUGCCUCCCGCACCAUCGCAUGCAUUUACAUCGUUUUAGCGGUGACGCGCUUAUAGUCUAGACCUAAAUUUUAAAAAGAGACGGGAACAGUAUAAAAAAAAAUUGUUAUAAAAAAUGAGAACAUUGAAAGUGACAAAUUCAGCAAUAUUUAACGAGGGAAAACAAAAAUAAACAUAUUAUAUUCAUUUGCUCCGAGAUCUCGGUAAUCUUGGAAACACUUUUUGUUAGGUGAGCAAUGCAAUAACAUCAAUGAAUAAAACAUACAGAUAAAUAGGUAAACAAAAGGGCAGACUAUCCCACCCCCUACUUAUUACAAUUUUCAGUUUUUUUCAUCUGCAAUGUAGCUACAAUCUUGGAUUUGCAAAGUGACAGCAAUCAAAUAAACCUUCAAACGAACCUCAUAAACGCAGUAAUUAUACCACCAUUUUAGGUCAAGAAGAAUAAACUGCAUAUUGACCUCUUCAUGGAUAUUGCGGCUCUUGGUGUAUGUUGUUGGGAAAAUGUUGCAUCUACACAAAGCUUAUUUUGUUAUUUUGAAUAAUGGGAACACUCUAUAAAAAAUCUGUAUUAGCAAAUACAUUUCAAUUUAUACUUAAAACUUUAAAACUGCCCAUAACCAGGUAGUGGUGUUCAUAGGUUUUGAAGCAGAUGUAAACUUAAAUGUCGGUUUUCUUUAUUUUACUUCUCACCUCGUAUAGCUCAUAUACCGACUUUUGCUUUAUUUCACAUGACUUAUACGAUCUCCAAGAUGUAACUAACUUGUAACGAUACAAUUGGAUUCCGUAAUCGUUGAAAUUCAUAACAACAACAUUGAUAAUAAUGCUAGUUAUGAUGUCGAUGAAGAUGAUAAUAAGAAAGAAAGGAGGAGGAGGAGAAGAAGAAGAAAAUGAAAAUGUA